UCCGUUCGCGUGGCAUAUUUGAAAAGGAGGUGAACGCGCGCGUGAGAGUGGUACCAUUGGAUAGAGAAUUGGGACAGAAGCCAAUAGUGAGUAGCGAAGGUGGAGCGAUAGGUAUUAAAUAGGUGUGCAACAACAUCAGUCGAUGUAACAGUGAAUCCAAAUUCUGUUUUGUGAAUCAAGAGAGUGAAUGUUUGAACCGUUUUGACGAGAGGUCAUAGAAAUUGAGAUAAUAGUGACCCAACUCAAAAAAAAAAAUGGAAAUAAUGAAAAUGUUUAAUUUUAAACAAAAUGACUUUUUUACAACGAUGUUUCUCCUUUCGCUCAUAAUCAUUCCAUCCUUAGAAACAACACAUGCUGUAAAUUCUAGCACAAAAAGAAAGAAAGAUAUAACUCCAGAUAUUACAGAUCAGACUUCAGCUCCAUCUUUUUGGAGUUCACAAAUAAAAACUGGCAACAAAUUCGGAGAAAGUGACCCCGCUUAUUUUGCUGAUAGUUUAGUUCAAUCGCAUGCUGCAGCUAAUGUUUUUCAAAGUGGAUUUGGCGGUAUUGACAAUCUAGGAAGUCGAGGUGUCACAGUUAGACCACCUAGAACAAGACCGUUAGAUUACAGUGAAAGAGCAACUGCUGAACUACGUAGAAAUCCAUCAUUAUCUGCUCCAGAUGAGUGUGCACGUGCUUGCAGAGAAGGAGAACCACAUAGAAUUUGCUACUAUCAUUUCACUUUAGAAAUGUAUACUGUACUUGGGGCGGCUUGUCAAGUGUGCACACCUAAUGCAACGAAUACAGUUUGGAGUCACUGUCAAUGUGUUCUUGCUGAUGGUGUUGAAAGGGGAAUCCUCACAGCAAACAGAAUGAUUCCCGGACCAAGUAUACAAGUCUGUGAAGGCGAUAAAGUUGUAAUUGAUGUUGAAAAUCACAUUGAAGGAAUGGAAGUGACACUUCAUUGGCAUGGAAUCUUCCAAAGAGGAUCACAAUAUUACGAUGGUGUACCUUUCGUUACUCAGUGCCCAAUAAUGCAAGGAACUACAUUCAGAUAUCAGUGGACAGCUGGAAACGCAGGAACUCAUUUCUGGCAUGCACAUACUGGUUUACAAAAGAUGGAUGGACUUUAUGGAAGUGUUAUUGUCAGACAACCACCAAGCAAAGAUCCAAAUAGUAAUCUUUACGAUUAUGAUCUAACGACACACGUUUUGUUAAUAAGCGAUUGGAUGCACGAAGAUGCUGCUGAAAGAUAUCCUGGUAGACUAGCUGUCAAUGUUGGCCAAGACCCUGAAACAGUUCUUAUUAAUGGAAAAGGACAGUUUAGAGAUCCCAAUACAGGUUUCAUGACAAAUACACCGUUGGAAGUUUUUACAAUUACAGCAGGAAGACGUUAUCGUUUCCGUCUUAUUAAUUCUUUUGGUUCCGUUUGUCCAGCACAAAUUACAUUCCAAGGUCACACCUUGACUUUAAUAGCUACAGAUGGUGAACCAGUCCAUCCUGUUGCAGUGAACACUAUUAUUUCAUUUUCUGGUGAACGAUACGAUUUUAUUAUUAAUGCGGACCAAGCAGUUGGAGCUUACUGGAUUCAACUUCGUGGACUUGGAGAGUGUGGAAUUAAAAGAGCACAACAAUUGGGAAUUCUACGAUACGCAAGAGGUCCAUAUCAACCGACAUCACAACCUCCAACCUAUGACUUAGGUCUACCUCAAGGAAUUGUUCUUAAUCCUUUGGAUGCAAUUUGCAACCAACCACGAGAAGAUGCUAUUUGUAUUAAUCAACUGAAAAAUGCUCAUCAUAUUGAUAAAGGAAUUCUUCAACCUAGACCAGAUGUUAAAAUUUUCUUACCUUUCCGCUUUUUGUUCUACAGACCCGAAGAAGUAUUCCAACCUAAUACAUACAAUCGAUAUUUAGUCGCUCCAUCGGGUGAUCAUGUCAUAUCUCUUGUCGAUGAGAUUUCAUUUACCUUCCCACCAGCUCCACCAAUUUCUCAAAUCGACGAUAUUCCACCAGAACAAUUUUGUAAUGGAGACAAUAGACCAGCUGACUGUGGUGCCAAUUGCAUGUGCACACAUAAAGUUGAUAUUCCCUACAAUGCAAUUGUUGAAGUUGUUCUUGUUGAUGAAGUUCAGCAGCCAAAUUUAUCACAUCCAUUCCAUUUGCAUGGUUAUGCUUUUAAUGUAAUCGGAAUGGGUCGAUCACCAGAUAGAAAUGUGAAAAAAAUCAAUUUAAAACAUGCUCUCGAUCUUGAUAGACGAGGUCUUUUACAUCGUGAAUUCAAUCUUCCUCCUGCAAAGGACACAAUAGCAGUUCCUAAUAACGGAUAUGUUGUCUUCCGUUUCCGUGCGGAUAAUCCAGGAUAUUGGCUUUUCCAUUGUCAUUUUCUCUUCCACAUCGUCAUUGGUAUGAAUUUAAUUCUACAUGUUGGAACGCAUGCCGAUUUGCCUCCAGUUCCACCAAAUUUCCCAACUUGUGGUGAUCAUUUGCCUCCAAUCACACCGCCACUUCCCAUUGAGUCUUCCUAUAAAUGAUCUCAACAAUAAGUUCAUAAUAAACCGAUAAAUUAAAUGCUAAUUUAACGGUCGAUAAGAACUUAACAAUCACAGCAUAUAUUGAUAAUGCCAUUCUCAAUUUCAUCGUGAAGAUCAUUUAAAAUUGUAAUUCGACAAAAUUAUAAUCUUCAUUUAAUAUAUGUAUCCCACCUCAUUGAUUUGUAAAAAUAUUUAUAUGUAAUGUUUACAUUACAAAAAAAGAAAUUUGAAAAUUUACAAACAAGAAUUCAUAAUAUUUUUCAUUUACAGAUGUAUGGCCUUCAGAAAUUUAUAGUCUAGUAAUAUGAAAAUAAUUGAAACAAAAAAAAACACAAAAUUGUCAUAAUCAUUUAUGAAAAUUAUUUUAGAUCAAUUUUUUUAAUUUUUAAAUCACAAUUUUAUUUUAAGUAGGGAAAUAGUCUAGUAUAUGACUUUCAAAGUUAACUAGACAAACUAUAUUUUAUUUUCAGGUCACAUGUUUUAAAAAACAAAUUUUGAGUUGCAAAAUAAAUAUUUGUGACUUUAUAGUACCCGGUAUAAAGGUUUAAAUAGAGAAGAAUUAAAUAAAAUCAAAAUAUUUAAUUCUUUUUAAUAGGCGAAUUCUCUAUUGAGAGCCCGUUUUCAUCGUGUGGAUAAAUUUAAUCUUUCGAGAGGUUAAAGACAGUAGAUAUAUUCUGCGUCUGCGCAGAAUGUAUAUAGCUUAUGCGCAGACGCAGAAUAUAUCUACAGCCUUUAACCUCUCGGAAGAUUAAAUUUAUCCACACGAUGAAACCCGGCUCUUAGUAAAAAGAUUUUAAUUAAUAAAUAGACUACCAAACUAACUCCCUUUAAUUUUUAUAUAUAUAUGGACUUUUGAAUUUAAUGCUGACAAAUAAUUAUUUUCUUUUAAUCACCUUUAAUUUUACAAGUAACAAUAUUUUUGAAUUAUUAUAAAAUGCAACAUUUGUCGAAAAAAAAUAUGCUAGAUCGACUUUAUAACAUUGGACAUUAGAAAAAAUUAUAUAAGCAUCUUAAGGUGUCAAUAUAUAAGAUUGCAUUUCACUCAUAUUAAAUUUAUUUUUAAAAAAUGUAUUAAAAAGGAAUAGACUGAUUAAAUUUUUUUUGAAAUUGGAAAAUUCUCCUAUUGAAUGGGAUUCGGAUUAUAAAUUCUUUUCUAUUACUCUGCUGUUACUGGGUACCAAAAAUGUUGCAUAGAACAUUUUAAAACUGAAUCAUUUUCAGUUAUCGAUUGUAGAUUUUUUGUAAUGAUAUUAAUUUAGUUACUUACAGCGAGUAAAAAAAAAUUCUUUUUUUCUGUACAGUAGACUCUCGUUAAUCCGAAACAUAUUAGAUUAGUCUGUGUGGGAUUAUCGUCUGGAUAUUAUCGGAAAAAUAAUUGUAAAUGAAAUUUCUAUUAGAUAAGUCGAAUUCCUUUAAAAAUUAAAUUUUUUUUUCACAAAUUUUUCUCCCAAUUUUUUUUUUCUAUAUAAAAUGUAACAUUUUGAUAAAAGGGAGAACUUGUUUUAAAUACGUAAAAUUUCACUGGAUGUGAUAUUUGAAAAAUGAAAGUUUUAUCCCUAAAAAUAAACACCAGAUUACUAGAUGAGCCGCCGAAGCGUAGUAUUGGAUUAGCGUGCCUACUGCAUUUUCCCAAAAUGGCGAAAAAAAGUAUGAUCUACAUAUUGUCAACAGCAUUUAAUUCAAAUUAUUUCUGUCAUGACAAAGCAAGAUUUAAAAAUAUUUAUUGCCAAAUUAAAGAUAUUUCUCUUGCUUUAUUUAAUGAAAUAUAUAUAUAUAUAUAUUAUAUAUGUCGAGAAAUAAUUUGUUACUUGACGAUUUUGUUAUUAAUUAAAUAGAAAUAUUUUUUUAUUGUAAAUUAGGUAUUUUUUUUCGUCUCGAAUCAAAUUAUUUCUUGAAAUUUUUUUUUCUUUUAUAGAAAAUAUUAAAUUUAUAGGUGGAAUGUAUUUUCAAAAAUGGUUCAAAUUAUUUGAAUUUGAUUCAUUUUGUUUAUAUGUAUAUGUAAAUUCAAAAUAAUUAAAUACCUUAUAUAUGAUUUAAAUAUUGAUGCUUAUAUACUAUAUAUUUUGUAAGUAUUUAAUUAUUGCUUAUUAAAUCCAUUAAUAAUAAAUGUGUUUUAAAAGUUAAUUAAUAUUUAUUGUGUUUACCGAUUACAUUUACAUGAAACUAAUAAAUAUAUUCAUUUGAGCUUUUGUCUUAUCAAUUUUUAUAAUUAAAUUAUCUUCUAAUUAUUCAAAAAAUGGUUUUAAUAAAUUAUAAUUAAAUAAAAUGAAAAUUUCUUUUCUCAAUUGGUUUUGUCUCAAUUUAUGUCAUAAUUGACCUAUGGUGCUAUAUUUUAUGAAUAAUUGUUAUUAGAAUUACAAACAAUUACAAAAGCAAUUUCAAAAUCAUCUAAUCAGGGCAAAUAUAUACUAACGAAACUAACGUAUUAGUUAAAAAUGUAUUAGGAGUGAUGUAAAUAAUUUUGUAUGUAGAAUAGUCAUUGCGUUGAAAAAUAUAUUGCGAGCCAUCACAUCAUAACAUUGAAAACAAAUUUUAAAAAAAUGAAUCGAUAGAUUUAAAUAUAUUAACAAACACUUUUUAUAUAUGAAAAAAAAUUAUACAAAAAUAAUUAAUUUUUUUUUCAUUAAUUAAUUCGACGAAUGACAAGAGUUAUUGUUGUAAAAUAUAUUUAAUAAAAUAAUAUUUUUGUUACUUAUACUAUAAAUAA